GAGAAACUGCAGAGUACUGUGUCAUCUUCUUGAGUCAAAGAUGUCUGGCCGUGGAAAGAAAGUUGUGGCAAAACCCAAAACUUCAGUGUCCAGGUCCUCCAAAGCGGGGAUCACGUUCCCAGUGGGUCGCAUCCACAGGCUGCUCAAGAAAGGCAACUAUGCUGAGCGAGUCGGCAGUGGCUCAGCAGUAUACCUCGCGGCUGUUCUGGAGUAUCUUUGUGCUGAAAUCCUGGAGUUGGCAGGGAAUGCCAGUCGUGACAACAAGAAGCAACGCAUCGCUCCACGCCAUAUCUUGCUGGCGGUGAAAAACGAUGAGGAGCUCAACAAACUGCUGGCUGGGGUCACAAUCUCAGAGGGUGGUGUCAUACCAAACAUACAGGCGAGCCUUCUGCCAAAGAAGACCAAGGCGUCUAAGGAUGACAGCAUUGCUAAGGACGUUCAGUCUCAAGAGUUUUAACUGUGAAUGUGAAUCUUUAAAAAUUAUCAUUAAAGCCUUUUUUUAUAA